UAUAUCAUACAGCUUCCUUGUUUAUACUUCUAUGUCAGCCUCUAGCUCGACAUAUCAAUGUCAAAAGCGGAUCUUGCUCAGUGACUCAUCUGCUUUCUCGCAUCCAUCAUAUCAAAUGGUCAUGAAUUGCUUGUCCCAUCGCGAAAAGUCAGCGGAAUUAGCUAGACUGUCAUUCGAUCGGGAGGCCCAGGAUUCAGAUUAAAGUGUUGCUUACCUGCCCUUCUCGAUUGUACGGAGCACCACAGCCAGUUCCCAGUCUCUUCAUUGGCUCCGGACUAUUUACCUUGCAGACCGCGAAUAAGCAAGAAAAAUGAAACGCAAGCAUUCGUUGGAUGCUACAAAGACGAAUAAUUCCCUACAUAGCUUCUAUGGCCCCGCAAACCCCAAACAGCAAUUGCCUGUGCGAGAAAUUGGCGAUAGGCAAGAUCUAGAAUCUACAGAUGGGAAAGAAAGCAGCAACGAAAUAAUUGAAGAUGAUUAUGAUUCGUUUGAUGAGAUAUUCACGCGCCACAUCACCUUCGAUACUGAUACUCUGGCGGGCGGUUGGACAACUCCCUCGGACCAAAAUGAUUCAACUAAAACUUCCAAACCUAGGCAACGAUCUGCUGGGAUGGCCAAUCGGUUUCUCAUUUCCACCGAGCAGCCUAAAUCCAGACCACGUUCUUUACAACCCGCUCAUAGAACCUUGCCAUGGGCGCAGCAGUUUGCUCCAUCCAGUAUAGAAGAAUUGGCGGUUCACCACAAGAAGGUUUCUGAUGUGAAAAGCUGGUUAAUCAAUACAUUUGCCAGAGGGGAGCGACAGCUACUUGUCCUUCGAGGUCCUGCAGGAAGCGGUAAGACGGCUACAGUUUCAUUACUAUCAGCUGUGUUGAAAUACGACAUUCUCGAAUGGAAAAACCCAUCUUCAUCAGAGUCUGCCACCAAAGCACAUGUAUCAAUUGCUUCCCGUUUUGAUGACUUCCUGGAGCGUGGGAACGAAUUUAAAGGACUCGACCUAGAUGAGGUGACUAGCUCUCCCGGACCUGGAGAUAAUGGCAAUAGUGCGGAUGCUUCGCGACAGCGCAUAAUUCUCAUAGAGGAGUUUCCAACGCUUACAGGUUCUGCGUCUGGCCUAACACCGUUCAGACUAGCUCUUCUGCGGUAUCUUGACAGAACAUCACAACAGAACAUUGAUUCUGAAACUGAUGUGCAACGAAACUCCCCGAUUGUCUUGAUCGUGUCAGAGACACUUCUUAACUCACGAUCUUUUCCUUCAGAUAGCCUAACAGUCCAUCGGUUGCUAGGACCAGUACUCUACAAUCACCCAAAAACGAGCAUCCUUGAUUUUAAUAGCAUAGCCCCGACUUUUAUGUACAAGGCUUUGCAUCUCGUGCUAGAAAAGGAGGCUCGGCUUUCCAAACGUGAGAGAUUUCCGGGCCCUGCCAUACUCCAUAAUAUCUCUACUAUCGGGGACAUUCGAAGUGCAAUCUCGUCCUUGGAAUUUCUUUGCAUGAAUUCUGGAGGGUUCAAGAAGUUCCCACCCCCCAAAACUAGGAAUUCGAAAGGAUCUAGCAUACCUCUUACGGCCUUUGAAAGGGAGACAUUGGAUUUAGUUACACAGAGAGAAGCGAGUCUUGGGCUAUUUCACGCCAUUGGCAAGGUUGUGUAUAACAAACGUGUCGAUGCCGGUUCAACUGAAGGUGCCCAAGUUGUGUUGCCCCCAGACUACUUAAGCCACCAUAAGCGGCCACAAUUAUCCCAAGUGUGUGUCAACGAACUUGUGGAUGAAGCCGGAACCGAUAAUCAAACCUUUAUUUGCGCUCUUCACGAGAAUUAUGUUCCGUCAUGCAAUGGUUUAUCAUUUACAGACUACCUGGAUGAAUGCAUAGGUGCAUUAUCCGACAGCGAUAUGCUGUCUUUCGACACAAGGGGACGAAGCAGGCUCGGGUUGGCUGGUGUCAGUAGAUACAACUCCGGGUCAGACUCAUUGCGCCAGGAAGACCUCAGUUAUCAGGUUGCUACUCGAGGUAUACUGUUUGCCCUUCCAAGCCCUGUGAAGAGAUCUGCAUGGCCCAAUAACGGCUCGAACCAUACAAGAAGCGCAUAUAAAAUGCUUUUCCCGGCUUCGUUGCGAUUGCUUCGAGAUAUGGAAGAGAUACAAGAUCUCAUAGAUGUAUGGUCUACUAAACUAUUGGACCCAUCAUACUCGAGCUCCAAACCUGAGGAGGCCACUAGCAUAAGUGACAGCCGCAGUAAACCAACUGUAGCUGUUACCAUGAUGUCACGCAGUGAUCUCAUUCUUCACCAACUGCCUUAUCUGGCUCUAAUAGCUGGCGACAUGGAGCAAUCCCAAGGACUCCAUAAGCUUGUCAAACUCAGCGGGACUGAGAGUCAAAGUGAUGCUAAUGACUUUGAUUUGCUUGACAACACUUUUGAAUUACCUGCAGUCACAUCUACGGCUCAAUGGAAGGGCCCUCCUACAGGAAGCCCGUCCCAAAUCAGUCGUCGAUACCACAGCAAUGCUUUUGGGCCCCGGCUGCCGCCGUCUUUGGAAGAGGAGAGGCUGUUUUUGGCCGAUGAUGAUAUUGUAGAUGACUACUGAUAUUAUCAUAUUUUGAUUUGGACAUAGACUUCCAACAUAUUCUUUUCGCAACAAUGAAAUUCUAACGACCCAAUAGCCUAAGCGUAUCAAGCCAGAUGCAGUGUAGGCGACUGAUUUGCUGGGAUGCUUGCUCCCAUGAGAGAAGAAACAGGAAGGGAACGUCCUGUAGAUCAUGGCAGAUGGUUAUUGCUUGAUUGAUUGACUGCUAGUGGCGGAUAGCAGCAUGCCUGGCCGCCGG